CUACUUUAAUUAACGCCCACACACAUAGCCCCUCCCUCUUUGGCGCCAUUUUAAGAGAACUCGUGUUUCUUUCCUGUGGCCAUCAUGAGCAGGUCUCCUCCUUCUCCAAAUAACAAGAGGAACUCAAGAUAUGGAAGAGGAGGAGAGGACAGAGGGGGAGGGAGGAGAGGGAGAUCAAGGAGUCCACAUUUCUCGGGGCGUGACUGGAAGAUUGAUGGCGUCAGUAACAACACCCAGAGAUCGGAGGAUCACAUGCGAAAAGCUCGUCUUUUCGUAGGAAACGUGGACGCCAGAGCUGUCUCAAGGAAUGACCUCAUAUCAGUGUUUUGCAAACAUGGCGAUGUGGUUGCUGUUUCUAUACACUCUGGCUACAGUUUUAUACAAAUGGACAGUGAGAGGAGUGCCAACAGAGCUGUUAAUUAUGAGAAUGGGGCAACAUUGAAUGGCUGCAAGAUUAAUGUGGAGUUUUCUUCUGCAGCUUUAAAAGCAGGAGCAAGAUUCAAAAGGCUCCCUCCUCUUCAGUCCUCGUCUCCCCCUCCUUCCCUCCCUCCUCCUCCCUCUCACAGAUCAAGCUAUCCCCUAAGAGGAGGAGGAGGUGGAGGGGAUUAUCCUUUACCUACUCACUCCGAUGUUAACCUGUCUGACAGAGAGAGACGCCUGCAAAGAAUACUUGCUCUUGAGAGAGAAUUGAAACAAGAAAUGAGCACGUUAUACGAUGGUCCGGAUGACCCCAAUGCUUAUUAUGCAGGCAAUCACAGACUUCCACAAUCUGCCUCUCUCUCUUCUUCCUAUCCAGUGGAUCAUUAUGGAAGACGGUCUCCUCAGCAAAGAAAAGAAUAUGAUGAUUACACUAGAUCUUCUGCUGCUCCUCUUCCCCUCUCUGCUGCAGGAAUGGCUGCUACUGCUAGAAGGGACUUUAAUCGUCCCACCUCUCCAAGACAGCGUCCACAGGGGGACCCCAUGCAGGCCCGUCCUCCUUAUGGUAAUCGUUUCUCCAGCAGUUUUCUUGGGGGACGUCCCUCGACCGAGAGCUGGUAAAUUAAAAUGAAGGUCUUUUGUGGAUUUUUUGCAACUUUAUCUUUUUUCUGACAUUUUUGACCCUUUCUUGUAAAGUAUAAUGUAAUACUGAAGAAGGUCUACCUUUCAUUCA